AUGGGAUGCCAACUGCCGUAAAACCCCAAAGAAGAAGAAGAAGAAGGCGGAAGGGGCGGGCAAAAGAUAAGAGGAGGGAGGGAAAUGGUGCUAUCAUCAUGGCGGGAUGCAUGAAAAUGAUAAACAAUUACACCUCUAUAAGUGCUACAUUAAUGGUUUUCACGGUGCUGCUUAUAGGUUUACCUCACACCUCAGGAUACCAGGAUACGGGUAACAAACCUCCAGUAACUGAUCUCAAGGAUGGAGAGGAGUAUGUCAUGUCAGGGUCCAACAGGUUUUGUUACAAAAACUCUGUGGUGCCAACUUGGAGGCAAACAUGGACAAGAAUUCAGGUCAAAGUGUGGAGUUCAAACGUGUUUAAGGUGGAAACUGUGGAGGGGGAGAAGGAGUUGCAGGAGCUGGAACGAUUCAGUGUCUGGAGCUGGUUUCAGAGCUUGUUACGUGAGCGGCACAAUGAGACCACUAUUAACAUCAAUCUGUUCAGCAAGAAGACGUGCUUCAAGAUCGAUCCUGCUGACGAAACAAAGUUCACUGUCCACCCCCUUCGUAAGUUUGAUAUCUAUCUGUUUUUGGUAUUCCUCGCCGGAGCAUUGUUGUUCGUCUUUGCAGGAUCACUCAGCAGGAGUCAAGCUUUCUUCUACUCUGCUGGUAUGAGCACAGGCAUGAUUGCCUCUCUCAUCAUCCUCUUUUUUAUUUUGGCACGCUUAUUGCCAAAGAAAAGCCCUUUUUAUGUCUUGAUUGUUGGCGGCUGGUCGUUUUCUGUGUACGCCAUCCAAUUUGUCUGCAGGAACCUCGGCGUAAUUCUGCGAGAACACUGGAACGUCGCAUUAGGUUAUGUAGCAGUGGUGGGAUUCAUCACUUUUGCUGUGUGUUACCGUUACGGUCCUCUGGUGGAUGAGAAAAGCAUUAACAUCUUGUCGUGGACGCUGCAGCUAUUUGGUCUGCUCCUGAUUUAUUUCGGGAUUCAAAUCCAGCAAGUUGCCUUCUCCAUCAUCGUGGCAGCUGUGUUCUCCAAACAUCUGGAGUACCCAGUCUCUCUGACAGUUGCUGCAUGGAGGAAAAUCAGAAGGUACAUUCACUGGAAGCCGGAGCCACGUCGCCUGUUGACUGAGGAGGAGUUUCAGAAGCAGGGAGAGGAAGAGACUUUGCGUGCUCUGGAGGAGCUGAGGAAGCACUGCAACAGCCCAGAGUUCAGGCCAUGGAAGACUGUGUCCAGGCUUCAGUCCCCGAAAAGGUUUGCUGAUUUCAUUGAAGGGUCUCCUCACUUGAUGUCAAAUGAGGUGUCUGUCCACGCGCAGGAAUACGGCUUCGGGGGAUCUUUUUUUGAGGAUGAUUUUUUUGACACAGACGACGAGGAAGACGACAUUAAGCCUAUGAUGAGACCUGAGUGAGACGCCACUGUGUUAAAAGACGUUUGAAAAUAGACACGAUUAUAUUAUUGCCUUUCAGAAAAGUGGCCGGAGAACGGCUCUCCGUGGCUUGUGUGCAAACGUCCCGACUGACUUCUGAGUGAUUACUGGAUUGGGAUUUCAGUUACGAGGCACCACGCACAAAAAAAAGAAAUCACUGAAAGGCAACAGGCAGAACAGUACGGCAAAGUAAUGUAGUUUCCACGAACGUGCACUAAAGCCAGAACUCUUUUUUUUUUUUUUUUUUUUUUUUUUUUUUAGGGAACAAAGGCUUCUGUUAAAGUUGAGGUUACAAAUACAGUGAUACUCUGUGAUUGGGACCUUUUUUUUUGGGAGGUCAAAGCAAUUUAACUUUUUACUGUGUGAUGGUAGUUUGUGUUGUCUUAAGCUUAGAAAAAAGGUUUUUACAUUUUAGUUUUCAAAACCUAGUGUUCGCGCCAUUAGCCUCUAAAUGGGCUCACUCCAGCAAACUGUAACAGCAUGCAUGAUGAGGCAGUCAUUAUUAUUCUAUCUUUCUGCUGAGGGAGGAAAGGUUUGGUCAAGUUUGUAUGUCAUUGUGUUUUCAUUUUAAUGGACAUGCAUCAGAGGAAGUGUCCCCAAAGUAUUUUGAAUAAAAAAACAUAUUUGAGCUCUGA